AUGGCCAAAAAGACAAAGUACAAGCCAACCCACGCCUCCGACGCGCCCCCUGCCAACUGGACGGCCACGCGCCCGCACAAGUACUGCGGCAGGAUGGACGCCGCCAGCACGCGCCAGGGCAAGGCCAACAAGACCCACCACUGCGAGGCCUGCGCCGUCAUCAGGGCCCGCAUCGAGCGCAUAGACUCGAGGGCCACCAACGACAGGAGGGACUCCAAGAUGGCCUGGGCUGCUGGGGGUGACGACGACUGGUAG